CUCACAUGAUGGCAGCUGGUCGAAGGGUGAAGCUCGAUAUCGCGGAACCCUCUGGAGAUUCUGGUGGAUCCUCAGCCCAGGAUAAACUUGGGAUGGACAUAGAUCCGAGACAUCUUGCUGGGUCACCAGAUUCACCUUCAUCUCCAGGUGGGUUCCGUCAGUUAUCUUCAAAGGACUGAUCUAUAUAGAGACGACUUGAUGUGCACCCUGCAUUAAUUGGUGGAAAUCAUAAUACUUUUGUAUAAGACAUAUUAUUUGCCUCAAAAGAAUUUUGUUUCAGAAUGUGGGAUGGCUGUGAUCUCAAGAGUGUCCAAAUGAUCAUCAGAUAACCUCCUGAAUUUCUGAAUGAAACUCCCUACCUGUAAUGCUAUUUUUUUCAAGGCAUCAAAGCAGUUUGGAGGUUUACACAGGAAAAUGUUUCCUUCGCGGUAAGCCGGAAAAUCCACUCUUGUUAUUGGGGCAAUACAGUGACGAGGAUUCUGAUGAGGAAUUGGACAAUACAACUAUGGAGAAGUCCCUUGUUGAUGAUGGCCAGGAAAAUGGUUCGAUGGAUAAGAAAAGUGUAGAUGUUGAAGUCAUUGCACAUUUAGUAAACGACACUUCCAAGGACUUAGAAAAGAGAUUGGAGGGGGAUUCAAUUGUGGAAGAUCCUGUGCAGAACCAAGAUGAGAAUCAUAAAAUGUUAAUAGACAGUGCUACAAGUGAGAAGGUUAUUUUAGAAAAGGAAGCCACUAUAUCAGCAUCUUCUGAUGCGAGUCAUAGUGCAGAUGUCAAUUCAAGUUGGAAGAUGGUGUUGCAUGAAGAGAGUAACCAAUAUUACUAUUGGAACACUCUAACUGGAGAAACAUCAUGGGCAGUUCCUCCUCAACUGUCUUAUCAGACAGAGUCCAUGGGCGAGAAGGAAAUUAUCAUAAAUGCUGAAGGAAGAUUGGAUUCAGUUGCCGGUUCACUUGAAGCAGAUUUUGAUUUAGAUGCAAGAUUAGCCAGUUAUGUGGCUAUAGAUUCCAAUAAUCACCUUAUAGAUGCAAAUGCCACACUUGACAUUCAAGGCAUUUCUGAAGAUUUUACAGCGGAAGGGGAGCAGAAUGUGCAUAUUGGUGAAAUUUCAAAAGAGAAAGGGCAAAGUUUUGAUGUCAACUUAACAGAAAUCAGUAAUAGCUCUAAAGAAGUUACUGUAUCUGAUGCUGCUUUGACUUUGUUGGAGGCGGAUGCUUCUUUCCAGAAGUCUGGACAUACUGUAUUGGGAAGUUAUACUGAUUCAGAGAGCAUGAUGGUCAAGGAAGAUGAAGAUGAUGAUCUUUGUACUUCCCUUGUCAACCUUGGGGAAUCACUGUUGCAGAGAUUAACAUCUUUUAAAAGUUCCAUAAGCCACAUGGGAGAACAGGCAUGGAUAUCAAAGAGUAUUUUGGAAGUUGAGAUUAGACUUCACGAUAUCAAGUCUCUUUUACCUUUUGGUUCAUCCUUACUACCUUUUUGGGUGCAUUGUGAGAGAUUCCUUAAGCAACUGGAAGUUGAUAUUAACAAACAUGAUAAAAAAUCUGAACAGAUAUGUGAUAUUGAAACAACACCUCUACCAGAUGAAACAGUGGGAGGUGAGAUAGUUGCAGAUAUAAACAGAAGGGCUGUAGUUGGCCCUACUCCUGAAGCUUCUCCUCCUACAAUUGAUGAUGACACUAGAACAGCUAUUUUAGAAGAGGAUGUUGCAUGUCAUGGUGUUGAGCAACCUACUGAGUCACUCCACAAAGUUUUUUCCAUGUCUGGGGAAGAUGUGGACAUGGAUGUUGACAUGGAAGUUGAUGAUGCAUCUACCCAUGAAGAACCCAUGCAUUCGAAUUCCUAUGCAGAAGACAUCUCUUUGCCAGGAAGUUUUGUCCCUCCUCCAGAUGAAGAUUGGGUUCCUCCGCCACCACCACCUGAGAACGAAUUGAUUCCCCCGCCUCCUGAUAAUGAAGCAGUCCCCCCUCCACCUUCGGAUGAUGCAGCUGACCCUCCAUAUCUCCUGCCAUCGACUUACCCAGGAACUACACAAGCCUUACAUUAUACAGAUCAAUAUAAUAUGUCCUACCUGAGCUCUAACUAUGAUUAUUAUGGGCAAACAAGUACAGAGUUUCUGCAGAAUGGUGUUUAUGGACAAGCUGAAGGGUGUCAAGUGGCAGUUCCACAUGCAUCACUAUAUUAUGAAGCACUGCCAAGUGGUUAUCCUGUUGCUCCAGUUGUGGUAAAUCCCAUCGCACACGUGGCAUAUUAUGAUCACCAAGAUGGAUCUGCAUAUCCUGUACCUAUAUGCAGUAGUCAAGAUGUCAUUAUUUCUGAUCAUAUUCAACCUGUGGAGGUUACUAUUAAUCAGGAUAUUGACAAAGCUUACAAAGAGGUUCCAGCCUCUGUUCAGGUGCCAACAACCAUGCCAGUAGUGCAGAGUGUAGCUUCUGCUGCUGUAUCUAGUACCUCAUUUGUUGCUAAAACUCAAAAAGUUUUGCGUGCAAAGAAGAAGACCACCGCUGUAGUGUCUUCUUUGAGGUCAAACAAGAAAGUUUCUAGCUUGGUGGAUAAGUGGAAGGCAGCAAAAGAGGAGUUGCUUGAAAAGGAGGAAGAGGAGGAACCUUUAACUGCUUACGAGUUAUUAGAGAAGAAACGACAGCGGGAGAUCAAGGAAUGGCAUGCACAACAAAUAGCUAGUGGAGAAGCCAAAGUCAAUGCUAACUUCCAGCCUCUUGGUGGAGACUGGCGUGAGCGUGUCAAACGAAAGAGAGCUCGCAUGAAUUCUGAAACUGUGGAGAAAUCAUCAGGAAGUUCACUCAGUGAAGGCCAGAGGAAACCUGAUCUGGAUGAGAUUUCUAAGGUUCUCCCAUCUGGUUGGUUGGCUUAUUGGGAUGAUUCCACGAAUAAAGUCUAUUAUAGCAAUGCAAUAAAAUCUGAGACGACGUGGACUAGACCAACAAGUUAGCCGCCAGAAUUGAGAAACCUUGAAGCAGUGUGUUUCUUUGGAGUUUUGCCAGUCCUUGAUCUCUCCAAACUAUUUUGGUUAUUUUGGCUCAUGUAUUAUUUAAUUUUUACAGUCUACCAGAUUAAUACUGUCAUGCAUAGAAAGCUUUUUAGUUAUUAUUUAUUAAUACUCUUUAGUUUUGAUGACAGUAAAGCUAUCAUAAAAUCAAAAGUCAAAUGAGAUGCUUGAUUCCUGAACAGUCAGAUUAUAUGAAAAGUAUGAUUUAUUCAAAUGUUUUGGUUGCAUUUUAUUCCGUUUAAGUUGUCAAUUUAUUUCUGAAAAUAGUUAUUGUCUUGCA